UCAACAACACCAGUAUAUCUUUACACAGUACAUUGCUUGCAAUGCAGUCCCUGCCAUCCACUUCAGGCCGCUCGGCCGUGACUCAGCCUGCGCAGCAUUUAUGUCGCUUGCGAAGGCUGCCGCUGGUUGGUAGGAAACUUGAUAUCAUACGUAGUGCACCUCAUGUAUCAAGAACAGAAGCAGUCGCGACCGAGCAGUCGCGCACUCAAAGCAUAAAUGCCAAAGACCUAGCUGCGUUCGUUGCUUUCUCAAGCUUGGCUGGGCCUGUGGAAAAUGCGUUUGCAUCAGAAGCGAGUGUCGCUUACAACGCAGCUGGGGGCGAUGAAUUCCUAAAGAACCUUGCAGGCGUCGCAUAUAUCUUGUUAGUUGGCGUGUUUCUCUUUAGGCUCCUUCGUAGACGGGCUGCGAAGGCAAAAUCGGAGCGCGUUGCUAGCCAGUCGACAGCUGGUCCAUCUGUGUUCUCCCAGCUGCGCGAGAAGGUUGGCGCCAAGAAGCCGGGGAAGGCAACGCCGCUGACUGCCUUUCUGGGCUGCUGCCAGGCCUCGCUGCUGGCCUGGGGGCUGUGGAUCUUCAGCACCAAGGUGCAGGGAGUCAUCGAGGCGCAAUCGCUGCCGGAUAGCUACACGGCUCGCAACAUCGCCAUCACGGUACGCACCAUCAUCACAGGCCUGUGCUACCUGGCCACCUUCAUCUUCGCAGCCAAUGGAGUGGGGCUGGCGGGUCUGUCCGUGCAGUUGCUGCUGUUCCCCAACAGUCUGCAGGACGAUGAGGCCGAGGAGGACGAUGAGGCGGCUGCAGCUGCUGCCCGGGGUCCGCAGCUGCCCCAGGUGCGCAUUACCUCGCACCCGCAGCAGCUGCGGGCGGCGUUCGGUGUCGCCGAGCGGCUGGGGAAGCAGGAGGCGGGUAAGGCAGCGGGGGCGCCGGGGGGCGGUAGCGGCAGCGGUAGCGGUAGCAGUGGGGAGGGUGCAGGCGGCUCGGUGCCUCCGAAACCAGAUGCCUAGUGUGUUUUAGUGUGUACGGUAGAUGAAGCAAUGAAAUGUGGUGGUGGCGGGUUGCUGCUGUCUUUCAACGGUCUGCAACGGAGAGGGCAUGCAUCUUGCGUUAUUUGCAUGAAGCCCAGAGGCAAGGUUACUAGGUUAGGCUACUUUGUGUGGAGCGCUGCGGCUGAAGGAGGGCAGGAGAGAGGAGCGCGGAGGGCUGAGGUGCUAGGUGAUGUAGCAGACGUGAGGGAUUUGGGUUGCCGUGCGCAUAUGGAUAUCCGCAUGGCAAUGCUACUAAAUGA